CUUCCGCGCCGGAAGUUGGCGGCCCGGCGGCCCAGCUGGAAACAGUCGGUAGAGAUAGCGAGGCUGUCCCAGAUUCCGUACUAGUCAGUCGGAGGGACGAGUGAAGGCCCGGAGCCGAAGUCUGGGAGAAACCCAGCUCCUCCCAACACAGAGCCAGCUCUCAGCGAAGAUGGCGGGGCCCGAACUUCUGCUCGACUCCAACAUCCGCCUCUGGGUGGUCCUGCCCAUCGUUAUCAUCACUUUCUUCGUGGGCAUGAUCCGCCACUACGUAUCAAUCCUGCUGCAGAGCGACAAGAAGCUCACCCAAGAACAAGUAUCUGACAGUCAAGUCCUAAUUCGAAGCAGAGUCCUCAGGGAAAAUGGAAAAUACAUCCCCAAACAGUCUUUCUUGACACGAAAAUAUUACUUCAACAACCCAGAGGAUGGAUUUUUCAAAAAAACUAAGAGGAAGGUUGUGCCACCUUCUCCUAUGACAGAUCCCACCAUGCUCACAGACAUGAUGAAGGGGAAUGUCACGAACGUCCUCCCCAUGAUUCUUAUCGGCGGCUGGAUCAACAUGACCUUCUCAGGCUUUGUCACGACUAAGGUCCCGUUUCCAUUGACACUUCGCUUCAAGCCCAUGCUCCAGCAAGGAAUAGAGCUGCUCACACUAGAUGCGUCCUGGGUGAGUUCUGCAUCCUGGUACUUCCUCAAUGUCUUUGGGCUCCGGAGCAUUUACUCUCUGAUCCUGGGCCAGGAUAAUGCUGCUGACCAGUCACGAAUGAUGCAGGAGCAGAUGACAGGAGCAGCCAUGGCCAUGCCUGCAGACACCAACAAAGCUUUCAAGACAGAGUGGGAAGCUUUGGAGCUGACAGAUCACCAGUGGGCACUCGAUGAUGUGGAAGAAGAGCUCAUGGCCAGAGACCUCCACUUUGAAGGAAUGUUCAAAAAGGAACUGCAGACAUCCAUCUUCUAACUGCGAGCGGGGUCCGCUGUGUUGGGAACUUGCAGUAGUGCUUAACCUUGUAACUUCUGUGGAGCUGGAGCCUCUGAGAAUAAAAAGGAGGGUGCAGGGGCUGGCGGGUGCAUAGCGAGGCUCGUUCUUGUCUGAGCUGGGUUCCCCUUUAUGUUGGAAACUAGAGGAAAGGAGUUCUGGGUGACUGCUGUCUUAGAAGUUUGUGACGUCUUCAGGUGACUCUAGUAGGGUGUCAGAGAAAGGGGACUAUCCCAAGCUGCUGAGAAUAUCUCAAAACUUAGCAAAAUCUCCACCAUGUUUGUAAGGAGAAUUGUCAGUUAUAGCCAGUGACUAUGUUCAGUCAGCCUGACUUCCAGCCACAGUAAACUCCUGUUUUCUUAGGAUCCAAACACCCUGCAUUUUAUCUUAAUUUCCUGUUCGUAUUGUUUAACUUUCUUUACACGAGUAGUAUACAUUUUCUCUCUACCAGAAGUUAGAAACUUUGGCUGAACAGCAUAGAGCUCCCUGCCCUAUUCACUUGAGCCUACAGAAUGAUGCAGAGAGCUGGGCAUCCCAGCCUUACUGAAAUGAACUCUUUCCAGACUGGAUUCCCAGGGUGAAGGCAGACUCGGCAAACUUUUCAUAUCUCUUCAUCUUUAGUCCAGUGAAAACAGGUGACCCUGAGGCACAGCCAGACUCUCAAGUGCCUUUGGGCUCAUCAGAGACGGGUGACAUAAUACAAGUUCUUGAUUGGAACUUGAGAAAAUAUCAACUCCAUUGGCCAGUCAAUGGUGCUGUACUGUAAGUGGCUACUCAUUUGAACGAGUGACCUCAUUUCCCAGCUCCUCUGGGCAGGAGAGAACUUACCACUGUCAGGGCAAGAGGGCAGCUUCUGGCGGAUAGGGAGGUCAAGGUGCCCAGGAGUCCUCUGUCCAGGGAAGUGACAGGGUGCCAUUUCUGUACCAAGAGGUGAUGUAAUUGCAUGUUAAAUGCUGUAGCCAAGAACAAGCGACUCUUGACUCUAAUUAAACAGCCCUGUUUUCUCUUUGCCUGUGAAA